AAUGUUUUUUAAGAGAUCCCGAAAUGACAACACUCACCUAACCCAUCAAACCAGUCAAAAAUCUCAACCCUUGCACAGCCCAGAACUCUUCAUAUGCCCUUACCAUAUAGUCAGUGAUGUAGUUUAAUGCAUUUUGUUUCUAUUCCUUCAGUACUUAUUACAAGCAGGUGCGGUCAGUGUAUACUCUUUUGCUUGGCAUUUCAGUGAGGUUUUAGUUACAGUUUCUGUCUUUCUGAUAUCUGCAGGGAUUAUACUUGACCUGGUCUUUUGUAGCAGAAAUGGCAGAUCGAGCUACAGAUCGUAGUGAGGAACCUAUUAAUGAGCAAGCAGUUGCUAAUCAAUGGAGUGCAUUACGAUCAGAACUCAACCAACUCCAUUCUAAGAUUACAGAGUUGGAGAUGGAAUUGAGUGAGCACUCACUGGUUAUUGGGGCGAUUCAACCUUUGGAUCCAUCCAGACACUGUUACCGAAUGAUAGGUGGGGUACUGGUAAAGCGGACAAUUGCUGAGGUUUUGCCUGCUGUACAGCGGAACAAAGAAGGCCUGCAGGAGGUAAUUUCUAGACUCAUGGAGGCAUUGCAGAGGAAGAAAAAAGAGAUCAUGGACUAUGAGGCUAAAUAUAAGAUCAAGAUCAGGAAAGGAGAUGAUGACAUCCCAAAAGAUGGAGAGCGCAAAGAAGGUUCAUCUCAAGGGGUUCUUGUUGGUCCAGCUUGAACUUGCAUAAGGAGGGGAGAGCUGAGAGAUGGUUGAGCUCACCUUGUUCCUGUUGAUUUGCUAUGAAACUCAUUAAUGGAUUAAUUUAGUAUAGUGUUUCCAGUAAUUUCAAUACCUGAGGUUCUCUGUUUCUUGUUGCAGAAACGUUUUGUUAAAUGUUGUUGAAUGCCUUGUAAAACGUAUAUUAUUUUUAAUGCAAGGCAGUUUCAUCUUCA